GGGACAGUAGAAGCCAGUCAGGUGGCUUGUGCUGUGGAAUGUAGAUCAGAGAGGUGCUCACCCUUAAACUGAAGCUCUCUAGUAACAGGAGAGCCCUGAACUGAAGACAGGUAUGCCAAGGUACACGGUGCAUGUCCGAGGGGAAUGGCUCACUGUCCCUUGUCAAAGUGGGACAAGCACAGUGCGAUGGCUGGGAAAAGAAGCUCUGAGGCGUUACAUCAAAAACAAGCCUGACAAUGGAGGGUUUGCUUCAGUGGAAGAAGUAAUAUUCUUUGUACGAUGCUGCAAAGGACUUGGAUUGCUGGACCAUGAUGAUGCCUUGGAGGAUGUCCUAGAGGACAAUGAGUUUGUGGAAGUUGUGAUACAAGGAGAUAUGAUGUCCUCAGAUUUUAUUCCAUCUCAGCCAGAAGGUGUUUAUUUAUAUAGAUACAGAUACAGAUAUAAAGAACCAGAACAGUAUCUUUAUUUAGAUGGAAAUAGUUUGACAACAGAAGAUUUGGUUAAUUUAGGAAAGGGGUUGUAUAAAAUCAAGCUUACUCCUGAAGCUGAAAUUAGAGUCCAAAAAUCCAGAGGUGUAAUUGAAAGUAUUAUAAGUGAACAAAGAGUUGUCUACGGAAUCACAACAGGCUUUGGGAAGUUUGCACGGACUGUUAUUCCAAACAGUAAGCUACAGGAGCUGCAAGUGAACUUAGUCCGGUCACAUUCUGCAGGGGUUGGGAAGCCUUUGAUUCCAGAGAGAUGCCGUAUGCUCUUAGCUCUGAGGAUAAAUGUCUUAGCCAAAGGAUAUAGUGGACUUUCAUUAGAAACUCUUCAGCAAGUCAUUGAAGCAUUUAAUGCAUCCUGCCUGCCUUUCAUUCCAGAGCAAGGGACUGUUGGGGCCAGUGGAGACUUAGCGCCUCUUUCCCAUCUUGCGUUGGGACUCAUUGGCGAAGGAAAGAUGUGGUCCCCAAACAGUGGAUGGGCUGAUGCAAAAUAUGUGCUGGAAGCUCAUGGACUCAAACCAAUUACUUUGAAGCCAAAGGAGGGUCUGGCUCUUAUCAAUGGAACACAAAUGAUAACUUCUCUGGGAUGCGAAGCAGUUGAAAGGGCCAAUGCGAUUGCUAGACAAGCGGACAUUGUGGCUGCCCUCACACUGGAAGUUCUCAAGGGCACAACAAAAGCCUUUGAUACAGAUAUUCAUGCACUGCGACCACAUCAAGGGCAGAUUGAGGUAGCUUUUCGAUUCAGGUCCCUUUUAGAUUCUGAUCAUCAUCCUUCUGAAAUAGCAGAAUCGCAUAGAUUUUGUGAUAGAGUGCAAGAUGCAUACACAUUACGUUGUUGCCCUCAGGUUCAUGGUGUUGUGAAUGACACAAUUGCCUUUGUAAAGAACAUAAUUACCACAGAGAUCAACAGUGCAACAGACAAUCCUAUGGUUUUUGCUGACCGAAAGGAGACAAUUUCUGGAGGAAAUUUCCAUGGUGAAUAUCCAGCCAAGGCUUUAGACUACCUUGCAAUUGGUGUCCAUGAACUUGCUGCAAUUAGUGAAAGGAGAAUUGAACGUCUCUGUAACCCAUCACUCAGUGAAUUGCCCCCAUUUUUGGUUACAGAAGGAGGUCUAAAUUCUGGCUUCAUGAUUGCACAUUGCACAGCAGCUGCCUUGGUUUCAGAGAACAAAGCUUUGUGCCACCCUUCUUCUGUGGACUCCCUUUCAACCAGUGCUGCGACAGAGGACCAUGUAUCCAUGGGAGGAUGGGCUGCAAGAAAAGCGCUUAAAGUCAUUGAGCAUGUGGAACAAGUGCUGGCUAUAGAACUGCUUGCAGCAUGUCAGGGCAUUGAGUUUCUACGCCCACUCAGGACUACAACCCCAUUGGAGAAAGUCUAUGACCUUGUGCGGUCUGUUGUCAGGCCUUGGAUGAAAGAUCGUUUUAUGGCCCCAGAUAUUGAAGCAACUCAGCGAUUGCUUGUGGAUCAGAAGGUUUGGGAAGUAGCUGAACCAUACAUUGAGAAAUACAGAAGGGAGCAUAUUCCAGAAUCCAGACCCAUUUCCCCAACUGCAUUUUCUCUAUCAGCCUGUAAAAGUGCUUCUUGUCACCACUAUCACCCCAGUGAUUCUGAGGAACAGGAUGAACUGUGAAAACUGUCAGAACUGAAUCUCAGUAUUUCAUAUGCUAGAUUAUUGUAUGUGUCGUAAAAUUUCUGUUGUUUAUUCUAAAGGGUAUUGGGAGAAGGGUGUUAUUUCCAAAACCAAAAAUACUGAUAAAAACGUUGUUGAAAUAAUUUUGCUAUUUCACAAAUUGAAAAAGAGAAUAUAUAGAUUUAAUUUAUUACAAAAUAAAUGGAGAGGGGAUUGGAAUGUAAUCCUGUGCAGAAAUUACAUUUCAUGGCAAAGUUAAUAAAAAUCAAUGUUAAGCCAAAAUUAAUAUGAAUACACUGUUCCAGUAUAUUAUAAUAAAUAAAUUUAAUGUUACAAUUUUUACAGAAAUUAAUUCUUAAAUCUUUUCAGAAACGAAUACUAAAUUCACACUUUA